UAUCGCGCAUCAACAGUGUAGUUUUUCCGUUGGCGCGAGGCUAUUGCCGAGUUUGGAGCCCGCCAAAUCACCGCUCCUCGCCGGGACGCUCGUCAUCCCCUAAAUCCUCUCAUUUAUCGAUAAAAAAAGUUGUGAAUUACCCGGGGGAAAAUUCAUCGUUUUUUUUUUGAGGUUAUUGUCACUCGUUUUCAGUUGUUUUGGUGCAUCCAGUGGUCCGUGCUUUGAGUUUUGUUGUCAGUGAUGUUUUCAUCGUGCGGUGGAUGGAGUGAGAGUGUGAAAAUGUGUUUUCAAUGCACGAAUGUGUACUUAGCAUGUUUUUAGAGAGAAAUGAAUGAUGGGUGGGAGCAUUUUGUCAUUUCUUGAGAUGAAAAGGGGGGAAAAGUGAUUCUCUCACUCCAUUUCACUGCGGAAAAGUUAAUUUCCAACACGCGUCCGGUACAGUGGUGAUGGAAGGUUAAUCGAACGAAUUGACGCGGUUUAAUUUAACAGUUUUUAAAACUUUUAAUCGCGCGGUCAUAGGAUACAAGCACUGAUGGCUUAUGACGGUACGUGAAUCUCGUGGCAAUUGAGGGGACCUGGAGACCGAUUGAUAAUGGACAUGACAGCGGAGAGGCCGCGAACGGCUGGGCGGAUAGCGCCAAGCGGCCGUGUCACACCGACCGUUCACAAGUCUAACAAUGCAAGGCGGAAAGCUAUUCCAGUACUACCGCCCCGUGUGCCCACCCCCAUGCCCUCGGCUAACAAUAAUCAUCAGAGAAGUAAUGCCAAUAUGGAGUGUGUACCAGUAAUGCCAGCACCAAAGAUUGAGCAUCAAGGGAAUAUCGAUAAGAUUGCCAAACGGUAUCUGGAUGAUAACAUGCAACAGGCCUGGAUCAAUCCCCGGUUGAUAUCCAUGAUUAAUAUGGAAGCUGUCACAUCCACGGAUUAUGAGUCAUCGAAUCUGACUCGUAGUUUCAAUCAAAUGGGCUUCAGUACCUAUAAUUAUCUCCAGUUUGAGGAGAAAUAUAAAUCCCGUCAGUACCUUGAGCACCAGCGAAAUCCAAUCAAGCCUGGAUUCACCGGUAGAACAUUCUCCCGGCAUUCCAACGAUAGAAAUGAAAAAAUUGAGCAAAAUUAUUCCAGAAGUCAUUCGCAACCUGAAAAACCACAUCAUUUGGCGUAUGAGGCGCGCUCAAGAUCUCAGGAGUGCCGUGAACAGAUGUAUUACCAGGUUGAUGGGCCUGGUAAACCAGAUAGUAGGCAUACCAAGUGUCACCGUUCGAGCAAUGAGAAGAAUCACGAUAAUGCACCGAAUGUGACACAGGAAAAGAAGGAAUCGAAAUUGGGAGCGUCGGAUAAGGCUGAGAAGCGAGAUAAAUCGUGUGCCUCCAUUCACGCCAAACACAAUCAUGUCAGACAGGAGCAAAAGAUUAAUGGACAGGGCAAUCAGUUGAGCAAGCCAGAGCCAGUUGAGUGUCACUUAGUGGGCCAUCAGAGGAACGAUGAUCCACCCAAAUAUCGUCCACUUGACAGGCCACCGAAGUAUCAGGAGGAUGCACCCAGGACUGAGCCACCACCCAAGUAUUGUGAGGUGACCAGACGCCAGGAGGAUGUGAAAAAAUGUCAGGAGGAGAAGGUACGACGACAAGUGGGGACUAGGGGCGGUAGUGGUCUCGGCGCUGAGGCGCCCACUAAUCUCACCAGUAUCACGCCAACCGCGCGAGAGCCAAGAGGGACGUCAGCGUCACGCCAGCGUUCCAAUCACAAACAGAACGACGUGGAUACCAGCGAUGAUCAGACCGUCAAAGCCCCUCACCAGCAAUCGAGGAGCAGUUUCAAUGGCACCGCCAGUACCUACGUGAGUGGUGGUGUAAUUCUCGGUGUGAACAGUGCAGUACUGUGUCCAGAAGUCAUGAUCGGUUGUCCUGACUCUAAAUUCAAAGGUGUCGAGUCCUACCUCAAGUCUGACAAGCAAAAGGUGGAGAAGGUCAAGUGUGACACUGGUAAAUUGGCGGAAAAAAUUAAAACCGUGCAGGACGCUAUGUACAAGCCACACGAGCCAGCUAAAACGAAGGGCCUCCACGAGCCGGGUAUCAGCCACGUGGGUUACAAGGCCGAUAAUAUCAAGUACUAUGGCGAACUUAAGGGCUUCAAAUCAUAUGGAGCCAUUGACAAACCCCAACAAUACGCGUCCUCCGAUAAAGGACACUCGAGUCAUGAUAAAUCUCACGCGAGAUCUUCAGCAAAGCAGUGUGAUAAGAGUGCUUACAGUGACAAGUACAGUGAAAAUUACUAUCAUCGCCCUGUCUACCUGAAAUCACCGGCUUUGUAUCCACCUAAUGUUUUUCAAGAGACCAAGUAUGCGUACAGUGUCAGUGGAGUUCCUGGGACGCCGGCGCAGGCCAGCGCUGCUGCUGCAUUCUUCGCAAGGGCUGCGCAGAAAUGGAACCUCUCAUCGAGUCCCCACCGUCGACGGCGUUCGGGGGAUGAAAAUGUUGGCUCGGAGGAGCCUGUAUUUCCGAAUGGUUACGGGGCUCUGCUGCUCAAAUCACCGCCACCUGCACCUCCAGCAUUUCUGAGGAGGAUUGGAGUGAAGGAGAUGACUGGAGUAGGCAAAGUCAAAGUGAUGCUGAGGGUUUCAUCGGGCGAGGGAGGGAGUUUCUUCAACGCUGACAAGCGAAAAAAGCAAGUGACACUGGUGGAUCCGACGGCUGGACAAUCUUCAACAGCUGAGGACAGAAGGCCGACGGUCGCAGCACCUAAGAUGUUUGCGUUCGAUGCCAUUUUCACCGAGGAAGACUCCCAAACUGAAAUCUGCUCGAGUGCUCUGACCGACGUGAUUCACGCAGUCAUAAACGGCACAGACGGCUGUCUCUUCUGCUUCGGUCAUGCUGGUCUAGGUAAAUCUCAUACAAUGCUGGGAACUCCAGAAGCUGGUCACACCCUGGGGGCAAUCCCUUGCGCCAUAACGUGGUUAUUUAGAGGAAUUGCUGAACAGCGUCAACGAACAGGUGCCAGAUUUAGUGUUCGUGUCAGUUGUGUCGAAUUAACGACCGGUCAGCAGCAAUUAAAGGAUCUCCUCGCCGCCUAUGCCAAUGAUUCCGAGCAGUCGCCCGCGGUCUACCUCCGAGACGAUCCAUUCUUCGGCUCCCUAUCCCUCCAACAGCACAGCGAAAUCCGAGCCCCCACCGCGGAGAGGGCAGCCUUCUACCUGGACGCUGCGGUCGCUGGUCGCCAGCGAGAAGACAGCGAUGCCCACAUGCUGUACACCCUCCACGUGUACCAGUACAGCGUCGCUGGAAAGGGGGGAGUUGCCGGUGGUAGAAGCAGACUCCACUUAAUGGACCUAGGUAACUCGGACAGAGGUAAAGCCGCAGGGGGCAUACCCCUCUCGGGACUCGGUAAUAUUUUACUAGCGAUCUUCAAUGGGCAGAAGCACCUGCCCUACAAAGAGCACAAAUUGACGCAGCUCCUGAAGGAGUGUCUCGGGUCAUUGACCUGUCACGCAGCGAUGAUAGCGCACGUCUCCCCGAAUGCCCAGCACUACACAGAGACCCUGACAACGGUUCAAUUAGCCUCGCGAAUCCACAGGAUGCGUCGACGAAAGAUAAAAUUCGUGAGUGGUGGCGCUCCGGGCAAUGGCAGCGGCGGAAGUUCCGGGGAAGAAGCGGCCAGACAAACGAGCGAGUGUGACCCAUCCUCGAGUGAUUUAUCAGCCGACACUGUUAUCUACGUGGGGCCGGGCGCCGAUGACGCGACAGACGGUGAACAUCCACCUGUCUAUUUGCCAAGUUUAAAUUCCGGUGACAAUCGUUGCGCGAUGGGACGCGCUCUCCGGGGAUCGGCGGCCGAGCGACCGACUAAAAUCCCGGAGGAGCGUAGUCCGGCGCAUAAAGCCAAUAAGGCUGUCAAGAGCUUAACCCAGACGGCGUCGAAGCAGACGUCGCCGGCGCACUCUGCCACCCCGAAAGCCAGUCCUGCGAGAAAAAUGUCCUCGACGAAAGUGCCCACUUCAUCAUCCAAAGGGGGAAAUGACUCCCCUACGAACACUAAACUGCCGGCCGGUACGACAGGUGGGUCUGACGAGCAGUGGAUCGAUGGCCCGAGAAUAUCAAAGUCGAAGGUCGCUGAGGCCAGGCACCUCCUCAAGGAGGCGCACCACAAGAGGGAGACUUGGAUAGACGGGCCCAUGCAGCUGACCUCAGCCCUGCCUGGAUUGAACUCGUCGACGCAGCACGGGGGGUACGGCUUCAUGGACAAUCACAAGAAGAUCAUGAUCAGGAAGUGGGUGGAGAACCAGUCCUCCCAGAUCCAGAGGGCGAAGCACGCUGCGUCGACCUCGACAGCUGCGAAGGACUCCAAGUCCGGGAUCUUCAGGGACAUGGGGGGCUUCAGAAGCUUCGAGGACGGCGAGGACGACACCUCGCUGUCGACAGUGGGGAGUGACAGCUUGAGGGCCACCGACGUGGAGGACUGCUCUGAGAAGCACGGUGCCAAAUUAAACCUUCUGAACAUCAAGUCGAACGAUGACUCCGGACUGGAUCUUACAGCGAGUCCCGGCAUGGAGGAGAGCAUCGGCCAGUGUCGGCUCGACAGCGCUCAGGAGGACGAGGACGACGACGAGGAGAUCGUUGUGCCGCCCCCUCUGCCCCUCAUCGAGCCACUUAGCAACGGAGUUAGUAGAGAAGUUUCCAUGGAAAGCCUCAAUUUAUCCCACAAAGACAUCCUUCCGUCGAGGCAUUCAUUAUCGUCCGAGGAUGAAAUCCUCGAGAUUGUUGAGGUGGAAGACCUCGAGCCCGUGCCCAUGCAGGACUCCUGUCUACAAGUCACCGAGGAGGAUAUUGCGUUCUGCAUGGGGGAGAAUCCAUUGCCUGAGAGCGAUCAGGAAGAACAUCCACUGAGGAUACUCAGUCAGGAGAAUCUGACUAUUGUCUCGACGUUCACGGAUUCUAUGUCGGUUAUGUCGGACAGUGAGAGGUACAAGCCGCAGUUUCAACAGGGUGUUAACGCCGGGAUGGGGGUACUACCCAGACCUUAUUUCGAUCAUGAGGAUUUUCUUGAGCAGGAGACGAGACAUAAAUUCGAUCAGCUGGCGAGGCUGCAUGAGCUUUAUCAGAGCAAAUUGGCGCUGGCUAAUGUCUCCAAUUCCGUGACUUAUCAGAGGGAGAACUCGUCGGCUGUUAGUGUCAGGGAUGGCACUUCAAACGUCUUCCGCCCGCCAUCGCGUUGUCAAUCCCUCUCCCUGUCGGACGUCCUGUUCAACGACAACGCGAGCAACCACGGUAGCAUCUACAGCGAGCCCGCGUACGUAGUGGGCAAGGACGAGCAGGAGAAGAUCUGUGAUAACUGUCGCCAGAGCAUGUCUCGUCCAGCAACGGCGUCCUACUGGUACCCCAGUAGCGUCGCUCAUCUGGCGAGCCCCAGGAGGUUCUGCGGAAAACUGGGCGAGUGCAAUAUUUCUAGUCUCAGACAUCCCGAUGGUGCGUCUAAUCCGAAUUUAAAAGAGGAGAUCGAGAGGAUACCUGGGAACGGAGCCUCCGGCUCUGAUCCUGAGGAGGAGUACAUUGAGGCGAAAAAAUUGUUCACCACUGCUGAAAGAUCGGAGAGAACUGUCACAGGAAAGUCGGAUAUUGAAGAGGAGAUGAAAGUUCCAGUGAAUGUCCCUCUGCAAUUAUCAAUUCCGUCCUCUCUGCCGUCCUCGGGUAGAAUGCAGCGGAAACUUCUGAGUCUCGGUUCGUCGUACGGUUUGAGCAGAGAGAGUUACGAUUCAGGGGCAGAUUCCACCCCAAAGGCGGCCAAACUUUCUCCGGCUACACUCUCGAGACACAGAGCCGAGAGUUCGGGUUACGACAGUGUGGUCAGAGACAGUGAGACAAGCAGUAUCGCCAGUGAUUCGUCGAGACAGACCAGCGCUCUUCAAGACCAUCAAGCGGUGGGACAGCUGGACGGGUACGUGCACCAGGAGCAGCUGGAGGUGCCCGUGAUACUCGUUUACACAGACGAGGACGUGGAAAUACUGGAUCGACGAGGUCGUCUGCGCUCGGAGCCACGUGGCACGAUGUCCAGGAUAAACAGCCUACGACUGCGCCAGCGCCUACUUAAAAUUGAACUCAGAAAUGCCAAAAAGAGAUUGUCGAUACCGGACGACAGGUGGACCUACGACUUACACGUUGAAGACAGCAUGGACUGGCGCGAUCCGUCCUUCCUGGAGGCCCUGGAGGCAGAAACCUCGAUCCUCCAAAAGCGGGUAGAAGCCUGCAAGAGUCACGUCCUCCUAGUGACAUGUUUCGAUUCCCACCCGACCCACCGUAAAGCGGAAAAGCGAAUAUCGUGAUGACUAGAAUUACCCUUAGGACUCAAUUAAAUCGAUGAAAUCAUCCACUCGAAACGUUCAAUCUGCAUCAAUUAAUCAAUACUUAUCAUUGCCGACGUACUAAACCCAUCGCCUCAUUAAUCAUCCAAUUAAAAGACUGUCGGCUAUUGCCAAAGUAUUAUUCCAGAAUUAAUUAAAUGGGAAUGAUGAGGUAGCUUUUCCUUAAUAAUUCCGACUGAUGAAAAAAAUAACAAAACAGGCACGUAAGUAGUCAAUGAAUAAAGUAAGAGAACUUUUUAAAGUCGUCAUCAGAGUCAAUUCGAACAACAUUUUAAUGUAAUGGGCUAUAAAAAUAUCGAAUUUACCAUAGAAAACCAGGAAAGACUGAUAUAUAUUUCUUGUGCAAGACGCUUCACUGUUGGAAAAAUAGCGAAAUUUCGUGGACAGUUGACUAAUAAAUUCAAGAGAGUGACAGUGAAUUCGAUUGAGGGAGAAAAAACUGAAAAUUCAAUUAAAUCUCUCACCUUAGUUGAAUUUUCAAUAACGAUAUUCCUUAAAAAUUCAUUGA